GGCACUGGUAACAACACCCAAACCUAUUUCUUUCACUUUGCCGAGCGUUCACUGUCCUUCCUACACUGUUUCCUCUGUGCAAUGGAUGGCAGGGAUCUGAGAAGCCUCUUUCUUCUGCUGUCCUCUGCGGCCCUACUACCAUGAGCACUUCUACUCCAUCCACAGCUAAUGGCAACGAUAGCAGACAGUUUAAAGGAGAUCUUCCCCUGUGUCCUUCCCGAGUCCUCCACUCGCAAGUUCCCAUCGAGGUGUCUGAGGCUGAGCUCAUCUCUCUAGGAGUCCCCUUCGGUAGAGUCAACCUGUUGAUGCUCAAAGGAAAAAACCAAGCUUUUAUAGAAAUGGCUUCUGAAGAGGCAGCGAUCACCAUGGUGAACUACUACACCACAGCAACACCUCACGUACGCAACCAGCCAGUCUACAUCCAGUACUCCAACCACCGCGAGCUGAAGACCGACAACCUGCCCAAUCAGGGGAGAGUUCAGGCAGCAUUGCAGGCAGUCAAUGCAGUGACGUUGGGUGGUUCAGCAUCUGGCGGUGACGGAACCCUGAUGCCAGGACAGAGCCCCGUGCUGCGCAUCAUCGUAGAAAACCUCUUCUACCCUGUAUCCCUAGAGGUGCUACACCAGAUCUUCUCUAAGUUCGGGACGGUCCUGAAGAUCAUCACUUUCACCAAGAACAACCAGUUCCAGGCCCUGCUACAAUACGCUGACCCGAUGAAUGCCCAUCACGCCAAAGUGACUUUGGAUGGCCAGAACAUCUAUAACGCAUGCUGUACUCUGCGUGUGGAGUUCUCCAAGCUGACCAGCCUGAAUGUGAAGUACAACAACGACAAAAGCCGAGAUUUCACCCGCCUGGAUCUUCCCUCUGGAGAUGGACAACCUACCAUGGACCCUGCCUUGACUGCCGCCUUUGGUGCUCCAGGUAUCAUCUCUUCGCCUUACGCUGGGGCAGCAGGUUUUGGCCCCGCUAUCGGGUUCCCCCAAGCAGGUCUGUCCAUGCACACGAUGACCGGCGCUCUGGGACCCCUCGCCAUGCCAGGCUCAAUCUCGGGACGGAUGACCCUACACGGCAUGGCCCCCAUCGCUGUUCACGCCGUUCUCCUUGUCUCCAACCUCAACCCUGAUAGCAUAUCACCACAUGUACUGUUCAUCCUAUUUGGGGUGUAUGGUGAUGUGCAUCGGGUCAAAAUUCUGUUCAACAAGAAAGAGAAUGCCUUAAUCCAGAUGGCCGAUGCUACUCAGGCACAGCUUGCUAUGUCCCACCUGAAUGGCCAGCGGCUGCACAGUAAGGUGAUCAGAGUGACCAUCUCUAAGCACCAGACGGUCCAGCUGCCCAGGGAGGGACAGGAAGACCAGGGCCUCACUAAAGACUUCAGCGGCUCCCCGCUACACCGCUUCAAGAAGCCUGGAUCCAAGAACUUUCAGAACAUCUUCCCUCCCUCUGCCACCCUCCAUCUAAUCAAUAUCCCUCCAUCUAUAACCGAUGACAUCCUGAAGGAGCUGUUUGCCGGGACUGGAUACACAGUCAAGGCCUUCAAGUUCUUCCAGAAGGACCGUAAGAUGGCUCUGAUCCAGUUGGGUUCAGUGGAGGAAAGCCAUCAGGCCCUGAUCGACCUCCAACCACACGACCUGGGAGAGAACCAUCACCUCCGCGUGUCCUUCUCCAGAGCACCAUCUGACCCGCCUCACCCAGCGACUCCACCCACCCCGAGGGCCUCGCUCCUGGACUGGGCUAACCCCAUGCCCCCCCCCCCCCAGCCCCUGUUGGGAUUGAAAGGACAGAAACACCCACUUUACUUAAAACAAACAACAGACAAUUAACUAGUUUAGAUUAUAUUGUUGUGUAAUAGACUACUGUAACGCAAGGCCUUCAGACAGAGACUGAUAUAGAGACAGAGCUAAGUAGGCUGGAAGGAGCACUGGUGAUUGAUUCAGGGCAGAGAGUACAACGGUGAUGUGGGCUGACAUGGUGCAUCCUUUAUCUGGCAUUAGAGGACCUAACCCAGGAAGACUAGACCCUAACCCAGGGAAGACUG